AUGGCAGGGCUGGCUCAAACUUGGUUUCAGUGCCUCCCUGAAGGUUCUUUCACUAUUUUUGACGAUCUCGCAGCAAGAUUUAUGAGUCAAUACGCACCAUUCAGAAAGGAGGAAUCACUUAACGAGUACAUUGCACGAUUUAGAAUCGAAUGCUUAACAAUCACUAAGCCUGAAAAUUCCAUCAUUCUCUUGGCUUUCAGGUCAGGAUCGAAUGAUGAAAGAUCUGACGGUAGAAGAUUCAAAGAAGAUAAUGGUUGGAUUAACAUUCACAACAUGGAUCACGUUAGAGAAAGGGUAGAGAGGUUCACAGCCUUAGAGAAUUUUAGACUUAUUGCUGCUGGUCUCAAAGGAGAAAGACAUGAGAAAAGAAACCAUAGCAACCACAACAACAAUAAUCACAACAAUAGGGAGUCACACCCUGAUUGUCUUCAGAAUGAUCAAGAUAGGAGGAAGAGGGAAAAAGGACCUGAUACAGGAAGAAAUCAUAGAGAUGAAACCAGGAGACCUGCACUCCGUACCUUUGCCCAGUUCACACCCCUGAAUGCGCCUAGGGCACAAAUUUUCCACCUCCACCAGAAUUCCAGAUUGUGGGAAAGACCCCCUCCAUCCCCCAAGACAUUCCAUAGAAUCGUGCAGGACCCUGAAAAACAACCUGGAAGACCUGAUCUAGAGAGGCCCCAAGACGAAGGUGAAGCCAAGAGGCAAAAGAAAGCACCUGUAUUCGUGAUCUUCGAAAAAUCCGGGGGCAUAACUGAUGGAGAGGCACAUUUGAGAGCUGUCACUCAACCCGCAGCCAGGAUUUUUGAAGUUCACGAAGAAGCUGAAAUACCAAAAUACCCUGAUAUGACUUUUACCAUAGAAGAUUGUAAAGGGAUCUCUUUUCCUCAUUCUGAUCUCCUAGUCAUGGUGGUAGAGAUUGCAGAACAACCAGUUUACAGAGUCCUGAUAGACACAAGAGCAGAAGUCAACGCAAUAACUCCUAUAGUUGGUUUCUCAGGCGAGUUAAUGAGGUCUGAAGGAAAGGUCACCCAGCCAAUAACCAUCCAAGAUAAGAAACGAGUCACCAUUACCUCUUCACGAGAGUUUUAUAUCAUUGAUGCCCAAACAAGGUACAACUACAUCCUAGGCAGAAAACUGUUGGGAGAUAUAACAGGAAUUCCCUCUUCCUUCCAUCAAACACUCCUAUUUAUAGGAGAAAACGGGAAAGUGGGUAGAGCUAGAGGCUGUCAGCAAAUGGGGAGGAUGUGUAACAUGAUCAAUGCUGUCAGGACCCACAAGUAG